UGACACUCGGUUAUAGUUUGGAUUGGUUUACUACCAUAGUACCAAUCCAUAGAGAGCCUAUAGAGAGAGCUAAUUUUCUGGAGAAAGGUGCGACUCAAUCUGGCAACCCGGUGCUUGUGUGCUGGAGAAGAGCAACAAGCGCGCUGGAGAGAUUCAGAAGUGGAUCUGUGGAGCGCACAGGAACAUGGAGUCUGCACUAAAACCAUAAGGACCAGAAGAAAGGAAGAGAAUAAAGUCAUCUAGUUUGCGCAUAAGCCAGCGUUGGAUGAAUUUUGGCUUGGUGCGAGGAUCAGUGCAUGAUGGUCGAACUGGAAAAGGAGGUGCUGCCGCUCCCACCGCGAUACCGUUUCAGAGACCUGUUGCUCGGAGACUGGCAGGCGGACGACAGAGUUCAGGUGGAAUUCUACGUGAACGAGAACACGUUUAAGGAACGCCUAAAGCUGUUCUUCAUUAAAAACCAAAGAUCCAGUCUGAGAGUGCGCCUCUUCAACUUCUUCUUAAAGGUGGUCAGCUGCCUGCUCUAUAUCAUCCGAGUGCUGCUGGAUGACCCUCGCGAUCAAAGAGACUGUCCCGGCUGUCUCAGACAGAAUGCCUCUGCACAGAAUAAAAGCCACUUUGACUGGUCCCUCAUUAUUUGGGUGAACAGACCUCUGCCACUGUGGGCACUCCAGGUGCUUGUGGCCUUCAUAAGCUUUUUAGAAACAAUGUUGCUUGUCUAUCUGAGUUACAAGGGCAACGUGUGGGAGCAAGUGUUGCGUGUUCCAUUUAUCCUGGAGAUGAUCAGUGCCGUCCCGUUUGUCAUCACUGUCAUUUUACCCUCCCUGAGAAACCUGUUCAUCCCCGUCUUUCUGAACUGCUGGCUGGCCAAACAUGCACUGGAAAACAUGAUUAACGACCUGCACAGAGCUAUCCAGCGCACCCACUCAGCCAUGUUCAACCAGGUGCUUAUCCUCAUCAGUACCCUCGUCUGCCUCAUCUUUACCUGCAUCUGUGGGAUUCAGCACCUGGAGCGAGCAGGGAAUAACCUGACACUGUUUGACUCACUCUAUUUCUGUGUGGUGACGUUUUCCACCGUGGGGUUUGGAGACGUCACACCACAGAUCUGGCCCUCGCAGCUCCUGGUGGUCAUCAUGAUCUGUGUUGCUCUCAUUGUGCUUCCCAUACAGUUUGAGCAGCUCGCCUUCCUGUGGAUGGAGAGACAGAAGUCGGGAGGAAACUACAGUCGGUACAGAGCUCAGACUGAGAAACAUGUUGUACUGUGUGUAAGCUGUCUGAAGAUAGAUCUUCUAAUGGACUUCCUCAAUGAGUUCUUUGCUCAUCCCAGACUACAGGACUACUAUGUGGUGAUUCUGUGUCCAGCGGAGAUUGACGUCCAAGUGCGGAGAGUCCUGCACAUCCCACUGUGGGCUCAGAGAGUCAUCUAUCUGCAGGGCUCUGCACUAAAAGACCAGGACCUGAUGAGAGCUAAGAUGGAUGAUGCUGAGGCCUGCUUCAUCCUGAGUAACCGAUUUGAAGUGGACCGUCUCGCCGCUGAUCACCAGACGAUCCUUCGAGCCUGGGCGGUGAAGGACUUCGCCCCGAACUGUCCUCUCUAUGUCCAGAUUCUCAAACCUGAGAACAAGUUCCAUGUCAAAUUUGCAGAUCAUGUGGUGUGUGAAGAAGAGUUUAAAUAUGCCAUGCUAGCCCUGAACUGUGUGUGCCCUGGCACCUCCACCCUGAUCACCCUACUGAUUCAUUCCUCCAGAGGACAGUGAUGUGAAUUUUCUGUGUUUAUGUGUUUGUCUGUACUUUCUGUCCACUUUCAUAGGGAAGCUGGGGCAAACUCAUCCGACCAAUGGCAGCGUACCUACCGGCGCUGCUCGGCCAAUGAAGUGCACCACAUCCGGCUGGAGGAGAGCAAAUUUUUUGGAGAAUACCAGGGCAAGAGCUUCACCUUCGCCUCAUUCCAUGCGCAUAAGAAGUAUGGAGUGUGUCUUAUAGGUGUGCGGAGACUGGACACUGCAAACAUCCUGUUGAAUCCUGGCCCAUGCCACAUCAUGGGUGCCUCAGACAUCUGCUUCUACAUCAACAUCUCUAAAGAGGAGAACUCAGCUUUUGUCAGGGGACACAGAGAUCCCACCAGAGGGGCAGGCGCCAACUCCAGGGAUGUUCCACAAACCAUCUACCAUGGGCUUACACGCCUCCCGGUCCACAGCAUCAUCGCCAGCAUGGGAACGGUGGCUAUAGAUCUACAAGACACAAGUGACAACAGCCCUGAAGGCUCCGGCCCAAAGGAAAUGGCUCUGAGUGGAAGCAGGACCGGGCGCAGCGGAAGCCGAGUAGAAGUGUGUGGUGGAAACACCCUGGCUCCACCCAGCACAGGUGACUGUGAGGACAGGAGGCACAGUAUUGCUCCAGUGCUGGAACUGGUGGACAACGUCCAUGGCCCCACAUUUGACUUGCUGGGGGAUCAAUCAGAGGAUGAAGGGGGAGAGGAGGGCAAAGAUGAAGAAGAGGAGGAGGAAGAGGGAAGAGCGGGACAAGCAGAGCACAAGGGCCAGUGGUGGGGAGCACAGGGCGAGUGGGUGAAGGGAUACCCUCUAAACUCUCCAUACAUUGGAAGUUCUCCAGCCCUUUGUCAUCUCCUGCAGGAAAAGAUGCCUUUUUGCUGCCUUCGCCUUGAUAAGGCUUGCCCUCACAUGCCUUAUGAAGACGCGCGCUCCUACGGUUUUAAAAACAAGCUAAUAAUCGUGUCGGCCGAGAGUGCUGGCAAUGGCCUCUACAACUUCAUCGUGCCUCUGCGAGCCUACUACAGACCCAGGAAGGAACUGAACCCCAUAGUGCUCCUACUGGAAAGCAUACCUGAAGCAGACUUUCUUGAGGCAAUCUGCUGGUUUCCGAUGGUCUUCUACAUGGUGGGCUCCAUUGAUAAUCUGGACAGUCUUUUGCGCUGUGGGGUGACGUUCGCAGACACCAUGGUGGUGGUGGAUAAGGAGAGUUCGAUGAUUGCGGAGGAGGACUACAUGGCUGAUGCCAAGACUAUAGUGAAUGUACAGACACUGUUCAGGCUUUUUCCAGCACUUAGUAUAAUUACAGAACUCACGCACCCUGCCAACAUGAGAUUUAUGCAGUUCAGAGUCAAAGACCACUAUUCGCUUGCCCUCUCCAAACUCGAAAAGAAAGAGAAAGAACGGGGCUCCAACCUAGUCUUCAUGUUCCGAUUGCCCUUUGCUGCUGGGAAGGUGUUCAGUGUCAGCAUGCUGGACACACUGCUGUAUCAGUCUUUUGUCAAAGACUACAUGAUCUCCAUCACAAGACUGCUGCUGGGACUGGACUCCAUGCCCGGCUCAGGCUUCCUGUGUGCUAUGAAGAUCACAGAGGAGGACUUGUGGAUCCGCAAUUAUGGCCGGCUGUACCAGAAACUCUGCUCCUCCACAGGAGACAUUCCCAUCGGCAUCUACCGCACGGAGGCUAAUAAACUUCCUGUAUCUGAGUCUCAGGUGUCCAUCACAGUGGAGGACUAUGAGGAUACACGAGAGCUUCGGGAACCCCUGCUCUGUCGCUCCGGACCUCACCGAAACUCCACCUCAUCAGAGCCGCCCUCAUCGUCGUCGUCAUCCUCUCACGCCUCAGAUCACCCACUCCUGAGGAGGAAGAGCAUGCAGUGGGCACGGCGGCUAAGUCGGAAGAGUGGGCGCGGGCCUCACAGCGCCAAGGGUGUCGGCAGUGCCGCAGAGCGAAUCACGCAGCAAAGACUGAGUCUGUUUCGGCGCUCUGAGAGACAGGAGCUCAACGCACUGGUGCGAACACGCAUGAAGCACCUGGGCCUCACGCCUACAGGAUUCAAUGGAAUGACAGAUCAGGGCAACAGACUUUCCUACAUUCUCAUCAACCCCUCACCUGAUACAAGGCUGGAGCUGCAUGACAUUGUGUAUUUGAUCAGACCUGAUCCUCUGUGUCUGGUGCCCAACCAGGGCAGUGGGCGUAAACCCUGCAUGGGUAGAUCAGAAAGCCACAGGUUCGACACACAGGGCAGCACCCACCUGUAAUCACACACCAGCACAUCUACAUCUACACAGCCACAGUACAACCUAGGAGUGUAUACAUGUGCAGAUGUGAGGCUAUAACAGAGGCAAGUCAUGAAAUAUAAGAGACCGGAGAGGAACAGACUGUGAACUGUUACUGAAUUCAGUUAUUCACUGAAAACUCUUUCUUUUUUAUCACAAGACGAACUGCAUGGACC